GUAGACGAAAUUCCAUAUCCUAGAAAAGCCCUUUUGGCAUUUCCAUGAGAUUUUGUUAGCCAAAAAUGGAGGAGAAAUCAAGCAAACAGCCUCUUCUCUCAAGAAAUGAGAAUUUGAAGGCCACACCUAAUUUUCUUGUUUCAUCAACAAAAUGGAUCUUAAAAGUUUCAAUGUGGGUGAUUUUCAUUGCAUGGGCUUCUCUCAUAUUUCUCUAUCCAUCCGAUGCUGUCCAUAAACCUUAUCUCAAAUUGAUUCAAGCUAUGAACACCCCUAUGUUCGGAGUGUCAGGAGGUGUAUUCCUAAUUUACAGUGCUCCGGUGCUGCUCAUUGCGUUUCUUGCUAGUGCAUACAUCUAUUUACAAGACGAAGAAGACGAGAAUCAUGGGAAGAAGAGUGGAAAGCAGGCAAGGCUGAGGCUGUGGACGAUGCCGAUUCUGGUGGAUGGGGCGUUUGGAGUGGUGUCGGCGGGGGAGGUGAUCGGAAUCGCGGUGUUUACGACUUACGUAGUGUGGGCGAUUUAUGCAGAAUUUGUGAAGAAUUUUGAGGUGCUGCCCUUAUUUCAUCUGCCUAAUCAUGAAGAGAGGAUAUUCAUGAUAGAACUAAUGGGCCUAAGGUUGGGUGUGAUCGGAUUAUUCUGCGUCGCCCUUCUGUUUCUGCCAGUUGCUCGAGGCUCACUUCUUCUCCGCCUCAUCGACAUCCCCUUCGAGCAUGCUGCCCGAUAUCACGUCUGGCUCGGCCAUCUCACUAUGAUCCUCUUCACUCUCCAUGGCCUUUUCUACGCCAUCGCAUGGACCAUCGAAGGCCGCCUUCUCGAUCAACUAAUGGAAUGGAAAAACAUAGGCGUGGCGAAUCUUCCUGGUGUGAUCAGCCUUGCAGCUGGUUUGCUCAUGUGGGUCACAUCUCUUCCUGGUGUUAGGAGAGUCAACUUCGAGCUCUUCUUCUACACCCACCAAUUAUACGUCGUCUUUGUCGUCUUCAUGGCCUUACACAUCGGCAGCCUCAGCUUCUGCUACGUUGCAGCCGGAAUAUUCCUCUUCAUGCUCGACCGUUUCCUCCGUUUCUGCCAGUCCCGGAGGACUGUCGACGUCCUCUCCGCCCGAUCCUUCCCUUGCGGCACUCUCGAACUAGUCCUCUCCAAACCACCAAAUUUGCACUACAACGCGCUUGGUUGGAUAUUUCUCCAAGUCCGGGAGCUCUCUUGGCUUCAAUGGCAUCCCUUCAGCGUGUCGUCGAGCCCUCUCGACGGUGAUCAUCAUCUGGCGGUGCUGAUAAAGGUUUUGGGAGACUGGACUCAGAAAUUAGAACAACGCAUCUCUGAGAAAGAUUCCAAGCUGAAGGUGUCUGUAGAGGGGCCUUACGGCCAUGAAUCCGCGUAUCAUUUGAAGUACGAGAAUCUGAUACUUGUGGCAGGCGGCAUUGGGAUAUCACCUUUCUUGGCUAUGUUGAGUGAUAUUCUGCAGAGGAUGAAUGACGGCAAGCCUUGCCUACCCACAAACGUGCUCAUCGUUUGGGCCGUCAAGCAGACGGAUGAGCUUCCUCUCCUGCAAACAGUUGUGGGCAUGGACAACUUCAACCUAUCCUUAAAUCUUGAAAUCCAGACUUAUGUCACUCGCCAGUCGCAGCCUUCACUCGAAGAGGGUAAGCCACCAUCAUUAGAGGCAAUUCAUCCUGACUCCUUCUCCCCUGCUUCCGAGUCCAAGGGGUGUGGAAUGUCGGUGCUGGUAGGAACCGGAAACAUUUUAUGGUCGGGGAUGUACGUGUCGGUCUCGACAGUUGGUCUAGUAGCGACGGUGGCAUUGGUGAACACCUUCUACGUCAAUCCCUACAAUGUGGAGUAUACUUGGUAUAAAGGCCUUCUAUUGCUCCUCUGCAUGACCCUAAGCGUCCUUGUUUUCGGUGGCGUGCUUAUCAUUUUCUGGCAUUUUUGGGAGAUGAAAACUCGCAGCCUUCAAAAUGUGUCCGACAAUAAGACAAAUACAAAGACAAAGACGAAGAGAGAGGUGCUGCACAAGGCUUCGUCCAAGGAGCAACAAUACCUCAGCACUAUUCGUUAUGGUCAGAGACCCGACUUUCCAGGAAUAUUUGGAGCAAUGAGAGAUCGAUGGGGGUGUGUUGACAUAGGUGUGGUUGUUUGCGGGCCUUCGACUCUUCAAACCAGUGUUGCUAAGGAGUGUAGGACGCAGAAUCUCGGUCGACGAUCUAACCAGCCCGUCUUCCAUUUCAACAGCCAUAGUUUCGACCUUUAAACCAUCACUAACUAUAUGAAAAAUACUGCUACAUGUGUACUAGGUGAUGUGGUGCUUUCCCUUGGUAAACAUAUUUCAAUUUUAAAUAUGUAUAUCGGCUGCUAGCCUACAAGUACAUGUAAACUAGAAGAAAUAUAUUCAUAUUCAUAUAUUUGUACAAAAGAAAAAAAUA